AUGACAGAUGAAGGAAAGCCACUCUGUCAUCGCUGUCACAAAGCCGGCUUCGAAUGCGGGGGCUAUGUGGACUUUGUCGAAUUCAUCGAUGAAACAAGUCGAAUUAAAAGGAAUUCACUACAGAGACUGCCUGGACUGGCUCCAAACCCGAGAUCCUCGGACUCUUCCGAGCCACAAUCUAAACAGGUUGUGAGAGUGGAUUUCAAUUCCGAUUUACAUUUCCCACUCACUGUCAACCCCUCAUGGAACGAGCAUGAAAUCAUGACUACAUAUCUCUUUCGAGGAAUGUUUGACUGGGAUCUAGAUUCGAUAUUUUCUCAUGCGCCCGCGUGGGAUUCGAUUCUCCUUGGACAAGACAGUAACGCGGAAUUGUCAACAACCUCAGUGCGCGCUUUGAGCACGGUUUACUUUGCCAAAACUAACAAGCAAGCUGGGCUCAUGCGGAAAGGUGCAAGGCUCUAUGCGGACGCACUUAGAUUGCUGCGAGCCAAAAUCCAGUCUCAAGAGGCUAUUGGAGACGAUGUCCUCAUUGCUAUCAUUUUACUCGGUACAUAUGAGUUGAUUUGCCUGACGCACCCUAGAGCUUGGAUCUCACAUUAUGAGGGACUGGCUAAAUUGAUUGCACUAAGAGGGCCAUAUAGACACCAAUCGGGCAUUGGUCUCGCCAUCAUGCCUACAAUCAGAUCAUGCAUUGCGAUUGGAUACAUUGUCGAGCGGAAAAGGUGUUUCCUCGAAGAACCCGCGUGGAAAACCAUCCCAUGGGCCAAGCAAGGUCUUCAUUCAAAGACACCCACCGACCUCUUGCAUGAUGUUCUCUGCGACAUACCCGGCAUACUGGAGGAUCUCAGCAGCGCACUAGUACGAGAUCCCAAUGUCCCCGGCAACCUCGACUUCACCUCCCGAUUCAUCCCACGAGUCCUGUCAACCCUGGACACUUUAUACUCCUGGCGAUGGAAUUGGGAAUCGCAAUUCCCAAAAUCUACAUUCAUAACUAACCCCAUCAAGUACAACGACAUACCCCUUCUCCCAAGCCCAUUCAAAUCAAUCAUAUGGUUCGCCAAUCCCCAUCGAGCAACCGAACUCAUCGUCUACAAUGCAAUCCGACUUAUUCUUACCCGGUCCCUCCAAAUAGCCGGUAUUCAACAAGAACACUUUCAGCCCCAGGUACUAAGUGACCCACUGCUCCCGAUGGAGGGAAAUAGAAAUGACAUCGCAACCGAGAUCUGUCGAAUGACAGACUAUCAUCUGAGUUGUUUUCGGCAGGGCUCAGCCGCCUUCUCAAUUGUCUUCCCGCUCAACGUGGCUUAUUUGCAUCUCGAUCCAAGCGCUACUGCGAUACGAUCUUGGCUGGAGAGCGUUAUGGCGGUUAUUGCGGAUUUCCAUGGGUUUGAGAUCGGGAGGUCCGAAAAUACACCGAGGAAGGCGGAUGAUGUGCAUGGUGGUCUUCAAUAG